AUGUCUACGUCGGCUACGAACAAUGGUAGACUCCAUACGGACGAGAAAUACAAACAACGAAAAUACCAAUCUUUUCUCUUCUAUCAGGCCGUGCGGGAUCUAAAGCCUGUUUGGAUGUUGGAGGACAUGCGGACAAUGGAGACCUUUUACUGGGAGGAAGACGCCAGCCAGAGGUCCUACACUCCCUCGGAGGCAUUGCUGUACGCUAUCGUACAUGACCACCAAGCCUACGCUCAAUAUUUGCUCAGUCACUACACUGAUGAAGCACUGGCCAUGCCCGGCGAGCGCUUUUGUUGCUGUCCAUCCUCUGCCCCGCAUUUGGCGAUGGCUGUCAGGUAUGACAGACGGGACAUACUGGGUCUCAUAUUGCAAGAAGCGCAUCGAUUACCUAGUCUGCGGUCAUAUAUGAACCGAGGCGGAUGUUUUCACAUGGAGGACGGUAAAACCCCACUACAUCUGGCCUGUGAGCUCCUGCGCUCAGAGUCAGUUAUUCUGUUAUUGGGCAACGGCGCCUCGCCACAGGCAGAAGAUCAAAACGGUAUGACGCCACUGGAUGUCAUUUUGGAACAGCUGUGGGACUCCAAAGUGAACAUUGGGCCCAAAAAGCUAUGUCUUGACAACUUGUUAAUGUUUAUGCCUGAGAUUCGUUUCAAAAUGAAGAGUGCACUCGAAGGAGACCCAGUUUGUUGGUCCAAAGUCCUUGGUGAGGACAAAUUCAAAUACCUCGUUGGACAGAAGCCAGCGCCACUGUUUCUCAUGGCUAUGCAAAAAAUUCUGAGGCAGCUUCCCCCAGAGCAGUUCCCUGACAGCCUGGAUGAGCUUCCCAUACCUUCCUCAUUGAAACCACUACCCUGCAAACAGCUUGGACAGCUGAAAGUGUUUUAA